GUUUCAAUCUUUUAAUGCCAGUCUUGGAUGCAUAAUUUAUCUUCAGAGAGAGCCCAGGCCAAAAUAACAAACCAAACGGCCCUAACUAGAAACAUCAAUAGGCCUGAAACCCACAAAAGAAAAGGGUACAAUGCUAAACUUAACUCCCCAGCAAUGCACAAAAACACAGGGCCAUAGUUCAGAUCCAAAGACUCCAUAACAACAUACUCAGGGUGUAAGCAGGCAGUGAGAGUGAAGUGCAGCUCCUCAUGCAUUAUGUACCCCUAGACGGACCGAUUGACCGCCAAUCAAUAAGGAAGGCUGAGACCCACAGUCUGCGCACAUUGCACAGUCCACUAUCAUAUUCACCUAUGGGGCAGGUUAACACCCCCACCCAUAAAAAACAAGCAUAGGCUACAUGUACUGUUUCUUAACCUUAGCAUUUGCAAAAAAUCACACUCUAUAGGAAAAUGUAAUAGUCCUCAAACUAUUAAAUGAAACCAUCUGAGAAGUUCAGAGGGGAGAUGUGGGUAUAAGUAUAAAGUAAGCUUACGUGAAAAAACAAAUGUAUAGCUAAGUAGGCUACAGUACUCGAGUAAAUGUACUUAGUUACUUUCCACCUGUGGAAACAAACAGGGUUGGAUUUUACACCGCUGAUAGGUGGAGAACAGUGUCGCAGUGAUGCAUACUGGACAUAUUGGUCGACAUAGUGGAUCAGGUUUGUCAGUGCAGCGUCGUCCUCCAGAACAGUAGGUGGUGCUGGUGCCUCAAAGUGUCUGUAAAAGCAGUUCCGGAAAUCUUCCUGGUUGUCAAGUUUGGAAUCUGGUCAUUCAAGAACUUGUCAAUGAAACAUGUCGGUAAUAUUUUAAGACAUGUCUGGAGGUUGAGAUGGCCAUUGAGGAACGGAUGGUUCGGUCAACGUGCUCCAGCUCAAAAUAGUUAGUCGAAUUAGCUUCUCUUGCUAAUCUGGUUCCCCUGCUCGGCCGGUGAUGGAGCGGCUGAUUUCCAGGCUCACGGACAAACACGUCCUUUUCUCGGCUUCCUUGGCUGUGCGACUCGCUUUGGUCGCUUAUGGAGACCACCAGGACCGGACUAUGGUGGUCAAGUACACCGACAUUGACUACCAUGUGUUCACCGAUGCUGCAAGGUUCAUCACUGAGGGUGAGUCGCCGUACAACAGGUCAACCUACCGCUACACUCCUCUGCUAGCCUGGCUUCUAACCCCCAACAUCUAUCUCAGCCUGGUGUUUGGCAAGAUCCUGUUUGUUUUAUGUGACGUCCUGUCCGGACUACUCAUCUAUAGAAUCCUUCACCUGCGAGGUCUGGACUCUGAGACUGCACGUCGUGUUUCAUCUCUGUGGCUCCUCAACCCACUGCCCAUGGGAGUAUCCAGCCGGGGGAACGCUGAGUCCAUCCUGGCAGCCCUGGUGCUGGGGACAUUACUCUGUAUGGAAGGCCGGCGUCUCAUAUGGGCAGCUACUCUGUACGGCCUGUCAGUCCAUAUGAAGAUCUACCCCAUUACAUAUGCUCUGCCCAUUGCUCUGACCCUGCGCACACCAGAGACCAGAGCAGAGAGGGACAGACAGAGCUGGAGGAGGUUUAUUGGGUUCAUUGGAAGCUUCCUCAACGCACAGCUGUUCCUCUUUGCGAGUGUGGCUGGGGGAGUUUUCUGUGUGCUCACAGCCCUCUUCUAUUACAUGUAUGGUUGGGAGUUCCUUCAUGAGACCUAUUUGUACCAUCUGACCAGAAGGGAUAUCAGACACAACUUCUCUCCAUACUUCUACAUGCUCUACCUCACUGCAGCCAUCUUCGUCUCCUUCAACAAAGUCUGCACUUCACAGUACUUCCUGUGGUACCUGUGCUUACUCCCUCUGGUUAUUCCUCACCUGAGUCUGUCACUAAAACAGGGAGUGGGACUGCUGCUGCUCUGGUUUGCUGGACAGGGCAUUUGGUUGGGCCCAGCCUACUUCCUGGAGUUUGAGGGCUACAACACCUUCCUGUUGAUCUGGCUCGCUGGAUUGCUUUUCUUGAUCAUCAACUGCUUCAUCCUGAUUCAGAUCAUAACCCACUACAAACCUACACAAACUCCACAGAGACUAAAGGUUGAAUAAUACUGAGGUGAUAUGAAUGUCUGUACGCUGCUUCAAUAAGAAGAUUAUGGAUGUAAAUACAAAAAUAAAGUUAGUAUUUUCUUGAA